UUUGGAGCAGACGAGAGCCAGAAAGCAGACCCGGGCAGUGCAAGCCGGGCCGUACGCCCGUAAGCAAGCCCUCGCCUACUCGCCAGCUCCCGCGUGCUCGACCUCUCUCGCUCUCUCUCACUCUCUCUCGCUCUUGCUCUCUCUCUCUGCGUACGUACCCUGUGUUUCUCACUCUCUUUCUGUGUGUGUGCGCGUGACACUCCAAGUAACCCGACUACUGAGCCGAGCUCGCUCAUCCGAGCUCUCGCAGUGCGCUUAGACAACAUUUUCGCGCCUCGCCAGCACCGCAGUAACCGAGUAACCGAGCAGAGUUGUCAGGAAUAAAAAUACUAAAUUCCAGACACUUGUUGCAGUGCGAUAUACACGAUAAUAAUAACAAAUAUUUACCGUACGAGAAUAGGCCGCCGCCGCGCGCCACAGCCAGAUGUUUCAUCGGCUUUUUUUCCUACGAGAGAACUUGCGCCGUUGCUGCUGCUACUCCUGUGAUACGGCUUAAGUGUAUCCUGUUGCGGAAGUGAACGAGUAAGGAAAAAAGUCGAAGCGGACCGCGGGCAAUGAGAGAGGACGACGAGUAACAGAAUUGAGCUCGACAAAACUUUUGAAGGCAAGAUCGAAUGCACAUGGGCGCUUUUGCUACGUUCAGUGUCAGCCGCCGUUCAUCCAUUAAUCGAGGGAAUCUCAGGCGAGGGCCAUGCGAGGUUUAAGGUACUCUGCCGACGACGUCGCAACGGCAUCGCCUGACGUCAACAGCAGUAGUAGCAGCACCAGCAGCCCCAGCACCGGCUGGAGUAGACAAGGUGCGAACAAUAAGAGAGCCAGCAGCAACAGCCACAUCGACUACAACAGCGGAGGUACUUUCGACGCGCUACUACGCACGUGAGCGUAGGUUACACAUGCCCUCAGUGUGAAGCGGCGGCAUCACUGAGAGUAGCGGAAGCCCACCUGUGACGUCAACAUGCUGCCCACCAACGUCGCGUCCUUCCUCAAAAAGAUGGUGACCACACAACCCGAGACCGGAGGUCCAAGUGCCGUAGCAUCGGAGGUCAGCGGCCAAACUUUUACCAAACUCAAACAAAUUGGAUCGGGCCUCAUGACAGCCACCGGCAAUGUAACGAAACUUACGCCGGCCAAAGUCACGCCAGUGGAUAAUUUACAGCCAAAGGAAAGCACGCCAACUAUCGAGCCGCCCAAACCAAAAGCGGAGAGCGAAAAACAGCCGGUGAAUCGAGCGACGGCCUGCAGGGUAUGUAUAAAGUCCAUCAAACCGGAGGAAGUGUCGCGGACGUGCUACGAGUGCCAACGCAAGGUCUGCGAGGACUGUGCCUCCUACUCGACAACAGCUGACUCGGACGAUCCGCAAUUAUGGUGCUGCAGCGUUUGUCGACGAAAACUGGCGCCUCGCGACCAGCCGGCCAUCGGCAAGGAGGGCUCGCUCGAGGUGCCCAUGCUCGAGGGCCUGGUGAGGCGGCACAGCGACGCGCGCCUCGGCUCCCAGGCCGUCGCGUCGGUCGGCGCUCUCGGCUCUGGUCUUCUGCCUCCGCGUAGUCCAGACUUACGCAGGCACUCGGACGUUUCGCCGGCGAGCCUCAAAGAUCUCGAAAAGUUUCGCAAGGUUGCAGGCGAACGUCGUGUCAGCGGCGGCGACGAGAAUUGGGAAUGGCGCAGCAAGUCGAGAAGCGGCUCGCCCGACCGAGGAGGACAGAGGAACGCCAGUCCGGUGCGCGGAAAAUCGCCCUGCCUCGUCGAGCAAGAUAGCGCCGGCAACGAGAUAAUCGAUGACGAGGAGGAUCGUCGACAGCGCUCGAGACGAGCGGCGGGUGCACAGGGUGGCGGCAGCACGAUACGCCGCAAGUCCCGAGUCACUCGUCAGCACUCCUACGACGACGAGAUCAAGACUGGCCAAGCAGCGAUGCCGGCUCAGCAACAGCAGCAGCAGCACUCGAUGCUGGUCGGCGGCGGUCCCGAGGCAGCGCUGGGCUUGCCGGUGCCGUUGGCUCGACGGGCCUCGGCUUACGACGUCUACUCGAGCGGCCCCGCGGGUGGACUCGCCGUAGGGGCUCCUCAGCAGCAUCGAGCUUCCAUAUCGGCUCAAGGCACGAGAGAGACGGAUGCGGUGGUCACUUCGACGUCGAGGCGACCGUCGUUCCGAGCUAACAAGCCCAUAAUGCCUUACGAGCUCGCCGGCCCAGCUGGGGACGACGAAAAAAUGAUCAACCUCGACGCCAACCCAGCCGGCGACGACAGCAUACGUAUGCCCGACGAGGAGAUGCGCACGAGACGCCGCGGCUCGCAGCUACCGAACAUCAACAUGAUCAAAGCCCUCGCUAAUGCAGCUGCAGCCCAACAAUCGUCGUCGUCGGCAACGUCGUCGGUAGCGCCGGCCCAGGUGUCGAGGACAGCUGCACCCGCAGUGGUAGCUCCAGCCGUUGCGGGGCCAGUCGCGCGCGUGGCCGCUGGUGUCGAGGAUCGCGAACUGGCCCGCCAAGGGAGCCUCGCCGACGGCGAAGGCAUCAAGAUCGUCAUUCACGACGUCGAUUGCGACAUCGUGCCGAGAACCAACACGAAAAGAAAAGUCGUACUUCGCAAGGACGUGGUCGUAGAAAAGGGACACAGAACACGAAGCUUUGGCAUGAGAGUUGUCGGGGGCAAGAUCGGCAGCGAUAAUCGCCUCUACGCCGUUAUAGUUUGGACGGUUAGCGGUGGUCCAGCCGAGAAAUCUGGUUUGCAGCAGGGCGAUAAGGUUUUAGAAUGGGGAGGCGUAUCUCUGAUCGAUAGGACGUUCGAAGAGGUAGCGCACAUUAUUGAUCGCAGCGGUGAUGUGGCUGAACUCGUCGUCGAGCACACUAAUGACAUGAGCGGAGAUUCUAUGGACGAUCAGGGCAUGACGUCAACUCAAUCUGAAAAAACGCCUGGCAAUCUUGGCCUCAGUCAGUUAGAAUCCGAAACAAACAAAGCGCCAUCAUCGCCAACGCGCAGGAAACUGCCAAAGACACCGGAACAAUUAGCGAAAGAGCGACAGGUGACGGGUCGCGUGCAGAUUCAGCUGUGGUACGAGGCGGACCGCAAGGAGCUCGUCGUCUCUGUCCUGGCGGCGGACGAUCUGUGCGCCCGAGAAGACACGGGCUACGGCACGCAGCCCGAAGCUUUCGCGAAACUCGAUCUCGUCUCGCCGAGCGGAGACGUGACGUCGUUGAAGACGGACGUGUCCGAGCCGACCCACAAUCCCAUUUGGAACGCCACGCUCAACUUCACCAACGUGACCGGUGAGCAGCUGCUGGAUCGACUAAUAGAGGUCACCCUGUGGGACUACUGCCCCGACCGCGACAGCAUGUUCAUGGGUGGCUGCUCCAUCGACUUGACCAGUGCUUUCGAGGCGGACCGCGCAGUUUGGUACCGGCUGGAAGAUCCGCGCGGUCUGCGCUCGGGACGCUCGCCGCACUGCUCGCCCCGAGGCUCGCUCUCGAUCGAGCUCGCCCAGCGUCUGCUUCGUCGCACGGACCUGCGCGAGCGCAGCUACAGCGAGGACACCCAGAGCGACAGCGGUAGUCCGGAGCCGUACUUUUUGCAUCCCGAUCACGCCUGGCUGCCCAACUCCCGCCGUGGUUCCAGUCAGUCCGAACAGCUAGAGAUCGAGCCGUACGAGCUCAGCAAGGAUUACAGUCGAUCUCUUCCCGGAAGCAGACGUAGCAGCUUUCAGAGUCAAGCUGGUGGUACCGACAGCAAGCGUGGAAGUAUGGGCGAGGCGGAUGUAUCCGGAGUGCACUAUUCGCGCGAAAGGCGCCGAAGCUCGUUCGCACGACCCAUGCGAGACCAAGAGGAGAUACUCGAGACGCUGCGUAGUCUCAAAGCUCAGGGAAGGGGCGAGCUUUCGCGGACUAUGAGCCUGUCCGGCGAAAAGAGACGACCAAACCGAAGAACAGACCGUAGAGAGAGCAGCGUUCUGGAAAUGAAAAGACAUUACGAUUAUGAUCGUAUGAAUAGCGAAUCAGAUGAGGAGGAGAAAUGGAAUCAGUCAAUGAAGACGGAAAAUGGACUUGAUUUAGAUCUUGGACCCGGACAGAUUGCUCCUAAAUGCUAUAAAGUGCCAAAAGGACAAAAUAAUGGUAAAGUUCAGCUAGCCAUUUUUUUAAGCAAAGGCAAUCUUGAGGUUGAAGUGAUUUCUGCCAAAGAUAUCUGCCAACAAGAUGCUGAAGAGCCGGAUACUUACAUAAAAACUUAUCUACGAGCAGAGGAGCGCUGGUUGCACAAGCGCAAGACGCGGGUGGUGCGGCACUCGCGCAAUCCCCAGUUCCGCCAGACGCUCAAGUAUCCGAGCUGUGACGCGCUCGGGCGCAAUUUGCUGGUUAUGCUUUGGGAAAAGAAGCAGGGUUUCGAGAGCAAUCAGGGCCUGGGUGGGGCUGAGAUCGAACUCGAUUCUUUGGCAUUGACGAGAUUGACCAUCGGCUGGUAUCGUCUUUUCCCCAUUCACACGCUUGGCACCCAAACUGCUGACUCUCCUUGAUGGUUGCGGGAAAAAUGGGCUCUCGAAGCCGGCGAACUCGAUCUCAGACUGAGUCUUUUACUCAAGGACGAGAACGAGUCCGUCGUCAAAUUUGUCUCUUGAUUUGUCUACGUGUCUCUAAUAGCAGCGCUUGUCUACUGAUUUACUUUAUGCGCUAACAUGUUCAUUUCACCCUUGCCUUUCGAUGAAAUCGCGUUGUAGUUAUGAAUUAAUUUAGUUCGACCUUACCUUGAACCUAGACCGUAGAUACACGAUAUUUUUUACCUGCAUCAAAAUUUCACCCUAGAUGCUCGUCUCAUUCGAUUGGUAACAAAUUCAUAAAAGCCUAAAUUAAUGUGUUCGGUCUCUUCAACAAGUUUCAAGCGUUGACAAUACUAAAUGGAUGACAACGAAAUACUUUAAGAAUCGAGAAAAAGUAAGGGAUUGACUAUUAUUUGUAAACUUAUUUGCAUAAAGUCUCAUUUUAUUUUAUAGUGCUUAUUCAAAGAUACAUUUUUAAAGUAAAGAUACAUUUUUAAAGUACUUUUAGUGUUCUUUAGACAUGGCAUAUUAAAGGUUUAUUAGGCCAGUACCGAAAUGAAUCUUCAAAGAGUCAGUUUUUCUGUUGCAUUUUUGAAUUUUUUAUUCUUUCUAGAAUUAUCUAGAAUCAAUUUAAGGAUUAAGCGCAAGCGCGUAAACCGUGCAAUUGAAAACGCGUUUUUCUCGAUAAGAUGUUUUUUGACUGGCGGAUUGUUUAUCUAAGGAUCUAUUCGAACGAUCCUUACCAAAUUUUACACACUUCUUCAUUAAAUUAUAAGACAGAAUAAUAUACCAACAUUUGAUUAAUGAUAAAGAAGUGUGCUAAAUUUCGUAAAGAUCGGCCUAGUAGAUUCGAAGACUAACUGUCCGCCACCGAGAAAUUCAUCUGUAGAAGACUAUGCAUGUUCAGAGAAAACCAACUUAAUAAGUAUAGAACAUUUUUAUUUUUAAUUUUUCUACUCUUAACAUCUAAUAACGAGAUUCUAUCAAAUAUUUAUUAAAGAAAUCGAGCAUAAAAAUUAUGAAUGUAGCGUUUUUAGUUUUUUUAUUCCGGCAGUAAUACUGUCGUUGUAUGUAACAACGAGAGAACAAUACUAUAUAUUGUCAUUUUGGCGACCAAAAUAAAUUAUAUUUGUAUAUCUAUGUAUAUUGUGUUCGCUUCAGCGCAGACAAUAAUAUUAUAUGUUAUUUUUGUCGCCGAAUAGACACUAGAAUACUAAAUAAUCAUCACAGGCAAGGGUGCGACAGCCAAAUCCGGAUAUAACGUAUUUUAGUGAAAAAGUUUUAUUUCCUAAAAAUUCAAUCAGGGUGAUUUAAGCGAACGCGUAGAAGAAUAAAAGAUGCAUUUUUAAGUCACAUGCAAAAAAUGAGUCCAUUUUUCCCGAUAAUAUUGGAAUUAAUUCCUAAAAAUUGAUGAUGAUUAACAUGUUAAUCCAGAAUGUACAAACUUGCGAUGUUCAAUCGACAUCUGAUGCUUAACUGCAUCAUAAAUUUGCUGGUUGAUCCAGCCAAGGGGGAUUCGACUGAUCAUCGCACGAGAGAACAAUACAUUUUCUGCCGUCGCUCACAAAUAGCUUUAUAAAUUGAAUAACCAAAUAAACAACAAAAAAGUUCGUAAAUAAUCGGUUAAUGACUGGGUUGAAGCGAUUACCGAUGUAUUCCAUUUCAACUAUUGUGAAUGAGGCCUAACUUGAAAGAUGUCAGAAUUUUAAAUAACUAUACGUACAAAUGCUUCGACUUUCAUCGAAUUUAUUUUUAGUAAAUAUAUAUUUAUACUUAAGAGUCGUCGUUAAAAUUUUGGUCCUCGGUACUUGCUGGUCGAGUUCCUAAAAGGAGGAUGAAAUUACUGAUUUCAUAAAGGCAAAUAUUAUUGGCCAAUAUUUGAAAAUUACUUCUUAGAAAAAAUGGUGUAUCAGUAAUUUAUCGAUGUUUAGAAAUUAUACAAUUAUUUUGUAGUUGAUAUAUCAACUAAAAUGAGUAAACUAAAUUUAUUUGAUCUCAAGUUUUUUAAAAUUUCAGAAAGAAGUUGGGCGAUUAGAACCAACUUUAAGCACAUUAUACAAGCGAUCAUUUAAUUACAAGUUUAAAAAAUUAAUUUUACUCAUAAAUAUUAUAAAAUAUGCGAAUUGAUGGGCAAAAAAUUAAAAAGAAUGGUGAAUUUCGCUUUUGACCCGCCUAAAGUUUAGAAAAACUCAAAAGCUUUGUUUCACUCCAAAAACAAUAUAAUAAUUGAACUCAAAUAAGUAAAUAAAGAGCAAAAUUUAUCGAGCGUAAAAAAUUUAUAUUGCUGUUUUACAUGUUUUAGUAUGUAUGAAGUUUACGGAUGUUACUUAUAUACAAUCUUUUUGUCAAUUCAUCAUUGAAAAAUAAUUUUCUACAAUACAGUAGAAAAGAUAAUUAUUUCAGAUCAAUGGAUGAGUUGCAAAUGAAUUACUUAGUUUUAAUAAUGUAUAAAGUAAAUUUAUCGUCUUGGUUUAGUCUUUCAAUUAAAAUUAAUUUAGCAAUUUUCUUUGCGAUUGCGAUGAAUCUUCGGUCAAAAAUCGCAAAAAAAAACAAGUAAAUAUACAAAUAAAACAUCUCUAAAAAUUGAAUCACGGCCUACAAUAAGGGAGGAAGACAUAUUGAGUAUAAUGUAGAUCAACGUAUAUUCGUCUAUUCGAAUAACUAUAAAAAAACAAAAGCUAUCCUCCUUUUCACAUCAUACAUAAAUCUUAUUAUAUAUAGAUUGUACUUCUAUGAUAAUGAUUUUAAGAGACAAUGAAAACUGCGCCUUUUUCUACUAGAACUAUGAAAUUGUUAUAAACCUUGUGAAAGAUCUAUUGUAUUUUCUAAUCACAUAAUCGUGUUCUACCUGAUAAUAUCUAAAAGAAUAUGUACAUCAGAGCCUAAUCUAUUGCGAAAAAAUGCAAAAUGACAAUGUUCUUCCCAUAUAAAAAGUCUUUAGUACAUAUGUUACUACAUAAAGCAUAAAAUGAUGAAGUAUCAGAAACGUCAAGAAUUGACAAUUUCAAGUGCUUUUGUUUUGUCGAUGAGUUUUACCACGAAAAAAAUUUCAAUAUAACUGAAUUUGAAGUACUUCAAAUUCUGAAAAACUUACGUGGUUGUGAUAAUAUACUUUAUGAAUUAAAGAGAGCAAAAGUUUUUGGAAAAAAUGGUUUUUAUAGUUUAGGAUAUUUCUUCCUUUUUGAAACCUUUUUUGACAGUUAAGUAAACUACUUUUGCCUGAUGAAAUAAGUUAUCUGCACAAAUCCUUGAUUUAGCUCAUUCGUGAAUUGGUACAACAUUCGAGUUCAAUAUAGCACUUUUCGAUGCAAGAGUUGUAACUAAUUCCUUACGGCUCUGCGUCGUUUAGGGACUUAGCGUAGAGAAUCCUUAUGGCCAUGUCAUAAAAUGUUACUUUUAUCAAUCGCAUCGUAAAGUACUAUUAUUUUAAAUAAUAGCUUUCAAAAGUAUGUUAGUAACUAGCUUAUAGUAGCUAAGAUUAUGAUUUUAACCACUAGUGGAUCGAACAAGUUCGCUGCUUUACAAAAACAGAUUUGUGUAAAAACACCAAAUUUCAUGAAAUAUUUAUGAAAGGAAAAUAUUUAUAAGCAAAGUAGGCAGCAAAUGAUUGUACAAAUAGCUGCAUUAUAGCAGGCAAAAGAAAUAGUUCAACUCUCAAAAAAGAUUUUAAAGGUAUGAAGAAUUAAAAAAAAAAUUUAAGUAUCCUUUCGAACUUCAAAUUCUUAUAAAAUCAAAGAAAUUUAUUUGUUUUUUGCUGCUUAUAAGAAUUUUUUAAUUUUUCUAAAGAAAAUUAUCCACCGAUCUAUGCUUCUGCUUCUAAACAUACAUUGUAUCCACUUUGACAAUCGGUCUAUCAGACUUACUUAUACACUGUAAAUAUAUACAAUAAUCAAGUACUUUCACAACCAAUAGAAAAAUAUUUAUAAAAAAAUUUUUUGAUUGUAUUGUAGAUGAUAUGAUGUACUAAAUGCAUAGUAUAUUUAUCAAUAUGAAAAAUCUGAAAAUUCAAUUGGAUAUACUUGAAUAGGGUGAAUGAUUGAUCCCCGAAACUACUAACUCUUAUCUGAUUUUUAAUGCGAUAUCAUUAGAAUAUCUGAUUAUGGAUGAAUAAUCGAAACAUGACUUCCAAAGUAAGCACUUAUGAAUUUUUCAUAUGCAUGAAACUUUGAUUUCAUUUCAUAGUUUUUUUAAGCUUUUUGUGCGUAAAUAAGUUAAGGGUAAAUACCUAAGGUUACGUAUUUAUUGUCUAUCAAGAGAACAUUUGAUGGUGAAUGGAUGGUGAAUUUGUAUUUUUAUAAGUUUUAAGUUAGAUUUGCAAAGUUAGUUGAUUUUUUAUUUCAGGAUAUAUUUUUAAUGAUACAUUUGAGCUGUUAAAUGAUAUGAUAUUGAACAUCAGAUGAAAAUAGAGUUUCAAGCGUUUAGGGGCUGACAUUUUAGUGAAAUGAUGAAGCAUACUUUUAUCGUUUGAGAUUCAUUUCAAUUAUUCAAGAAAAAAAAUUAUUUGUUUCGAUAAUACUCAGUUAAUUCUUACACUUAGUUCCUAUUAUGAUAGAUUAUUUUGUAAAUUCAUUGCCAUUUAGAAUGAUUUAAUUUUAUUUUGAAUGAUAUUAUUAAUUAUAAUUAUUGA